CCUCUAGCAGAAUCAAGACUCUUGAUCAGUUUCUUGAUUUUCAACAUCUGAAUAUUCUGCUCUGCCACAUCUUGAGGACAUCGUAUAUGCGUUUUGUUUAUGUAGAAACGGAAAACGAAUAAAGAGAAGAAAUGGGAAAUGAGCAAGGCCAGGUGACCGUGAUGAUGGUAAAAAGGAAGACUGCUUAAAGUGGCCACUUGACCUUGAUCACUGUACUGAUUCAUCACACGGACUCGGAUGGCAAACAAGCGCAAGAAUGACUCUCAACCUGAAACGCAUCGCAAGAGGAGACGACUCUCGGCACCAAGACCCUUCCCGAUAGUCCCAACGUCCGUAUCUGCCACAGGCCCACGCUCAGCACAUAAAGAGGGCAAGAACCUCAUUUGUAUAACACGCAAGACGUCGCUGGGAGCGUAUAUGCGGCGGUGUAAGGACCUCGCUGUGAAAAAUGGAUACAAAACUCUCCAUCUCAGCGCAAUGGGUGCAGCGAUCCCCCACCUCCUCAAGCUAGCCCUAGCUCUGCCUCCGAUUCUACCGUUCGAGGUCCGGGCGGAGUAUACUACUGGGACGGUGGAAGUGCAUGACGAGGUAGACGGGGGAGAGGAGGAUGGAGAUAUCACGUACGAGACGAGGGGAAAGUCGACGUUGAGGGUGGUGAUGACGUUCGAUAGCAAUCCAGCUCCGAAGACCAAGGAUAAUGUAGUGUUUGCGGAGCCGGAACAAGGAGUGGAGGAUGUUGUGGAGGCUGUAUAACGUGCUUAUGGUCUAAAUCCAUUUACCAUUGCCAAAGCCAGACUGAACGGAACUGCAAGUGGAGGAGUAACUCACCAAUCCU